AUGAUUGAUAUUAAGGCCUGGGCUGAAUACAUCGUGGAGUGGGCUGCUAAGGACCCAUACGGCUUUCUUACUACAGUGAUCUUGGCCCUUACACCAUUGUUCAUAAUUAGUGCAGCGCUUUCAUGGAAGCUUGCAAAAAUGAUUGAGGCCAGGGAGCGAGAGCAAAAGAAGAAACAGAAACGCCAAGAAAAUAUUGCAAAAGCCAAACGAACAAAGAAGGAUUAA